CAUUGAGCGCGCUCCCCGUCUUCGCGCGUUUUACGCAGCGGAGCGCUUUUUGCUUUCACUGGGCUAAGGGCUUUACCUUCUCGCGUAAAACACAUCGGCAUCGUUUUCUUUUGGCUAGAUAAUGAAAUCAACCCGAGUCAUUUUGUAACGCAGAGUUGUUGGCACCAAUAGACGACGACAGAAAAGGCGCUCGAGAAAAGUAGGCUGCGCGGUCUGAGAAGGGUUUGAGGGGGUGUGGGAGAGGAGGAACUCCCAUCUCGAUGGCUUAUACUUUGGGCUCGGGGCCCGACGUGGGUCCUGCCAUCAGGCCCCAGCACUGCAUCACGAAGGUAGAGCUUUCUGUCUGUGGCUCCAACCUGCUAGACCGUGACGUGGCAUCAAAAUCUGAUCCCUUCUGUGUUCUUUUCCAAGAGGUGGAUGGCAACUGGGUGGAGAUGGCUCGAACCGAGACCGCCAUAAAUAACCUGAAUCCAGUGUUUGGCGUGAAAUUUCAAGUGGACUAUCACUUCGAAGAGGUCCAGAAGCUGAAGUUUGCCAUGUUUGACGAGGACAAGUGCAGCUCGCAGCUUUACGAACAUGACUUUCUGGGCGAGUUUACCUGCACGCUGGGUGUGAUUGUGUCAAAUAAAAAACUACACCGACCACUGAUUUUAGCGAAUGGCAAGCCGGCAGGAAAGGGGACCAUCACAAUAACAGCCCAGGAGUUAUCAGACAACAGAAUAAUCACCCUGACCAUGUGUGGGAAGAAGCUGGAUAAAAAGGACUUUUUUGGCAAAUCAGACCCCUAUUUAGAAUUCCACAAACAAGGGGAUGAUGGGAAAUGGAUGAUGGUUCACCGAACAGAGGUCAUUAAAAACACGUUGGAUCCGGUGUGGAAGCCAUUCACAGUUCCUCUCAUCUCACUAUGUAAUGGAGAUGUGGACAGAAACAUUAAGGUGCUGUGCUAUGAUUACGACAAUGACGGAAGCCAUGACUUCAUCGGCGAGUUUCAGACCACCGUCACCAAGAUGAGCGAAGCACAGAACUCAGUGGAGGUCGAGUUUGAAUGCAUCAAUCCCAAAAAACAGAAGAAGAAGAACUACAAAAACUCCGGGAUCAUAGUUCUAAAGUCUUGCAAGAUCACAAGGGAUUACUCUUUUCUGGACUAUAUUCUGGGUGGCUGUCAGCUCAUGUUCACUGUUGGCAUUGAUUUCACGGCAUCCAAUGGAAACCCGCGGGAACCGUCCUCUUUGCAUUAUAUCAACCCAAUGGGCAGCAACGAAUAUCUGUCCGCCAUAUGGGCUGUAGGCCAGAUCAUCCAAGACUACGACACGGACAAAAUGUUUCCUGCACUUGGUUUUGGGGCUCAACUCCCACCUGACUGGAAGGUGUCCCAUGAAUUUGCAAUCAACUUUAAUCCCACCAACCCGUUCUGUUCAGGUGUGGAGGGAAUCGUUCAGGCUUACUCCAACUGCCUGCCUCACAUCCGCUUCUAUGGACCCACCAACUUCGCCCCCAUCAUCAACCACGUGGCCCGCUUUGCCACCCAAGCCCUUCAACAGGACACUGCAGCUCAAUACUUCACACUACUAAUUAUUACUGAUGGAGUGAUCAGUGACAUGGAUGAGACACGUCACGCUAUAGUCCAGGCUGCCAAGCUGCCAAUGUCCAUCAUCAUCAUCGGGGUGGGUAAUGCUGACUUUACGGCCAUGGAGUUUCUGGAUGGUGACAGCAGCGCGCUGCGAUCUUACACGGGAGAGGAGGCGGUCCGAGACAUUGUGCAGUUUGUCCCAUUCAGAGACUUUCGCAAUGCGCCGAAGGAAACUUUGGCCAAAUCCGUAUUGGCGGAGCUGCCUCAACAGGUCACACAGUAUUUCAAACAGAGGAACCUGUCGCCUAGCAACACGAAGCUGGAAUGAGCGCUCGAAGCCUGAAGUUCACAAUGCAUGUUGCCAAAACCUAACUGUUUACAAAUCCCCCUUGACCGAUUAAAUGGACAAAGUGCAUGUUUUUUCUUGUAAAUAAAUGUUUUUAUUUAUUGGUUUCUAUAUAUAUAUAUAUAUAUAUAU